GCCGAGAGUGUUGUGUGUGACGCUCCUGUGGUCCUUUCCCUCGUUCGGACAUGGAAAUAAAAUUACCUAAACAGUGACAAUGUACUUAUUUAAAUAUGGUAUUUAUAAUACAAUUUGUAUAGUGUGAAGUUAAUGGACAUGUAUUAUAAACAAUAAUUAGAAAUAAUGGCGUGGUUAUAUAGUUGUGCCAUUUGGAUAACGCUGAUAAAUAUAUCAGCGCCGAGCCAUGAAGCAAUGAGGAGGUCGAGAGCUGUGCAGAGAAUUGAUGAUUCGGCCAGUGGCAUCGUAUUCCCAGGGCAGACCUCCUUCAAGCCAAAGAUCCCUAAAGAUUGUGAAACAGUCGGCAUCUGCGAUAAUAUACCAGAAUAUCCACAUGGAUACGUAUCGCAGUUAGUAGACCGGAUGUCAGUAGUCAACUUAACCAAAUUCAACGUGGAUGUCAUAGAACCACAGAUUGCUCAGAGGAUAGGACCGGAGGAAGAAAAUCUCGAGUUAUGCAGAUCAGAGGAAUCGCUGUAUAACCCAAAAGCGGCAAAAGAUACCAACGAGCAAUGGUAUUACAUAAUUAACAAAGUUAAGGAUAUACAGCAGACCUUUCGAGUUGAUAUUUGCCAUCGGCAGAACGUCGCUUGCAAAUCGGUAGUUCAUUUUGCCCAAGGCUAUGAGGGGAUGUGCAAACAAAAGUAUAUCCUUCGCAGUAUGGUGGCGCUUGAUUACAACGGGGAAGUGAUUGAGAAACAUUUUCUCGUCCCAAGUUGUUGUUCCUGUAUUUAUAGAGUGACUGAACUUAAAUUAUAUAGUUAAGAAACUA